AUGGCGGUGUACCCAGCAGUCACAAUGCAGCCAGGCAUGUUCCGCUCCCCAGAGAACCUUAAGACGGAACCCUGGGCCAGCGGUCUCUUCGACUGUUGUGAGGACAUGGGCAUCUGUUGCUUUGGCUUCUGGUGCCCUCCAUGUCUCAUGUGUCGUACUUCCCAAGAAAUGGGAGAGGGUCUUUGUCUCCCCCUGGUGGAUCUCCUCUUCUCAGCACCAGUCCCCCCCAUCGCCUUAGCCUUAAGGGUCUCACUGAGGGAGAGGAACCGUAUUCAGGGUUCUGUGUGUGACGACUGUUGCAUGGUCACCUGCUGCACGUGGUGCGUCUGGUGUCAGAUGGCACGGGAGGUCAGGAAGAGACGCCAGCCGCUGCUCAACAAUGCCCAGAUAACCGUCUGUGCCACCGUGCCACAGGCCUAUCAACCUCCUAUGGUGAUGCCCCUGCAUGUACCAGUGUACCCGCCGCCAUACCCAAAGUGA